AUGCGUCAUAACGGUACGGCCGACCAAACCGAGGAGCUGGGAAAGCACACGGAGUCGGCUCGCCGAAUGAGACACGAGUACAAGAAAGACCGGGCUGCCGUACAGAGCAGGGAUGAAGCCUCCAGUGAUCUCGCAGUCAUUGUGAUGGAUUUUGUUUUGCAAAAUCUGACGAUACCUUCGGUGACAUGCACCCCAUCGCAGUGGUAUUUCUGCUCGUUGUUGGCGGUCAACGUCUAUGGGAUAUUUUUCAAGAACACUGGAACGCAAACAAACUACGUGUACGACGAAUUUACGAGCGGGAAGGGUAGUGACCAAAUUAACUCGAUGCUGCAGCACUUUAUUCGCACGGUAGUUAUUCCGUAUGGCAAGAAGCAUCUCGUUGUCUAUGCGGAUAACUGCACGGGGCAAAAUAAGAAUAACCACGUGAUCGAGUUCUUUGUGGCUCUGGUACACAUGGGUUUUCUCGAGCGAGUGGACUACAAGUUCUUUGUGAAAGGUCACACGAAGAACUCUUGUGACCGUGGAUUCGGCCACGUUCGCAAGCACGUUUCUCGCCAGGAUUGCUGGACAAUGGAUCAUAUUAUCUUCGCUGUGAACAAUUCUGCCACCUCCAACACUACCGUUCACAUCUCGCGUGGCAGUAUAUUUUUUUAA